GUUUGGGCUUUUCGAUUGCAAUGGCGGCUCGUGCGUCUGGUGGUUCCAAAUUGCAUUGCUGCGUACCGUUGUGUAAUGGCGAUAGCCGUUACUCACCAGACUUAUCGUUCCACUCUUUCCCCAAAAAUGAAGAGAGCGUGGAUUCACAGUAUUCGUCGCGAUCCUGGUAAACAAUUUCAAAUUACACCAAGCACGCGAGUUUGCGGCAACCAUUUCAGACCCGAAGACAUUUAUGAGACGCCUUCUGGUCGACGCCGUUUGCACCACAACUCAGUUCCAUCAAAAUUUAGUUGGACAAAGUUAAUUGCAGAGAGACCACUGCCAAAUAGACUGAGAACCACUGAUGCCACUGUACCAAGCAGUCGGACCAGCAGUCUGUGUUUUAAUCACACUAAUCCUACUCAAGUGGUUUACAACUACUGCAUUGUAGUGAAAACAGCUGAAGAAAAACUUAGCAAGCUUUGAAAGAAAUUGAGAAUUUAAAAACAGUUUCAAAGCUGUCAAUAUCUAAAUUCGGUAUGGAACGUUUCAAGACGUCAAGCUCCAUGAUUAAAUAUUAUACUGGCUUUAGUUCUUAUUGUUUAUUGAUUGACUUUUUCAACAUAUUGUUGGACUGUGCUUUUAACACUAUGGUCUGCUGUAAGCGAAGAAGUUAGUAAUGGAAGUAGCGAUUUUUUAGACCCCCCCUGUAAGAAGCGAUCACUUCCACUGGCUGAUGAACUGUUUUUAUUUUUGUGUCGUCUGAGACAGGGCUUUGAUAAGAUCCAUCUUAGUGAUGUUUUAUGCAUAUCACAAUCCACUGUCUCUCGGAUAGUUUCUGCUGUAAGCGAAGAAGUUAGUAAUGGGAGUAUCGAUUUUUUAGACCACCCCUGUAAGAAGCGAUCGCUUCCACUGGCUGAUGAACUGUUUUUAUUUUUGUGUCGUCUGAGACAGGGCUUUGAUAAGAUCCAUCUUAGUGAUGUUUUAUGCAUAUCACAAUCCACUGUCUCUCGGAUAGUUAUCACAUGGGCUAGUUUUCUUUAUUUUACCUUGGCGUCUAUCCCAAUUUGGCCUACUCGUGAGCAGGUUUAUGAAAAUAUGCCA